UGGAAUUAUCUCCGACCGUUGUGGAUGGUAGCAAUAUCAUGACGAUGACCACAGUGCUAAAAGUGGCGACAGGGGCGGGACUAUGUGCCGCCUCCAUCCUGCAACUCGCCGCUCUCGCCGUCCGCGGCUGGCUCUCUUUCCGCUUUCGGUCCACCUGUGCGACUCUCGAACAGGACUACGGCCUCUGGUCCGUUUACCAGUGCACAAACUUUACAGCCGCUCCCGGAAGUAAUUUGACCAUGGAAUGUAACACGGCAACAUACAGGGAACUAGUGACUGAAAAUAAACCAGAAAACACUACAAACGGUGAUAUUUUUCGUUGGAGUAUUGAGAUUGGAGAUCGACUGCCAGACCACAAUUUUCACUUUUCAAAGGUUGAGCUAGGUUUCUCGUAUCUGGAAGUAAUCGCGUUCCAACUGGAAGCGUUAGUGGCGGUACUGGCGUCCUUCGGUGCACUCUGUGUUGUCCUGUUUGUUGUACUCGACCGCGACCGUCGGGUCAAACAGACACGCAUUCACACAGUCUUCCUUCUUGUCGUCGCACAGGCAUUCUGUGUCAUUUCCGGUGCCCUGAUUUUGGUGCCGGUGUACAGGUUUGGACAACUAUCAGCCCGCUUGUCGCCCUCCCCGUUAAUUCACACGGACACACCAGUGGGCGUGGUUAUCGCCAGCAUAUCGUGCGCCUUACUGAUCCUCUGCGCCGCGCUUCUGUUCUGCAUUGCAUGUACACUCUACUCGUGUCGGUCAAAGCCCGACCUGCCGGAGGACGACUACACAGACAUGUGCGCGUCUUCUAGUACCGACCAACUCACCAACACGAACAUAUAGUGAUUUGACCAUUUAAAAGCCCUCAACAGCAAGGCCGGAAAAGAAUCAUGACCAACAGCAUACCAUGCGGCGUGUGGACCAACCCAAAACCACAAUUAUACCUGUGUAGAACUUCAAAAAUUACGUGACGCGGCAAAAUAGUGCACAUAUACAAAUACAAAUGUAGAUGGUCGGUCAGGUUGGAGAGAUAUAAGUGUAUAAUUUGCUCACUGUAUGACCAUCAUAUGUCUUAUCAAAUUGGCUGCA